AUGAUAGGUUCCUGCGACAUAUGUCUCCAAAUGCGGCCGUCCCCACCACGAGCCACUAUAUCCCCGUGGCCGUACCCCCCGCACCUCUUCCAUAGAGUUCAUUUAGAUUUUCUGGAGCCGUUACACGGUCGUACAUUUUUAGUCAUCGUUGAUGCGUAUUCUAAGUGGGUAGAAGUAUAUGAAAUGAAUAUUUGUGCUUCAAUUGCGGUUAUAGAGAAAUUAUGCGAGUUUAUGUCAAGCAAACAGCUCGGGGACUGCACGGAAUCGUCUCUACCUGAUGUGAGGAAUGAGGAAGACAUGGAAUCCCAAUUUACAGGUCCAACAUUCAGACCAUCAUCGCUCAGCCCGAUUGAUUCCAGCGACCUAAUAUCUGGGGAAGGAGGAGACAAGUAG